AUGUCGAAAUCAAUACCAGUCAAGACAACUUCAGAAUCGUUAACAGAUAUCGAAUCUUCUCCAAGUAGAUCUUUGAUGAGAUUGGAAGAUGUAGUGCCAAAGUUGGAAAAGCCAUGGUAUCGCUAUAGAUGGUUGUUGCAAUUGAAUAUUUUUCUCUUGGGAGGAAUCCUCGCUCAAGUCACGUCUGGUUACGAUGGCUCAAUGAUGAAUUCCUUGCAAUCCUUGCCUAGCUGGCAGAAAUACUUCCAUCACCCAACCGGAACGAUUUUGGGAACGAUGAGUAAUGGUAUAUCCAUUGGAACAUUAAUUUCUAUUCCUUUCACCUGGUGGCUCUGUGAUCACUUUGGAAGAAGAAGGACUAUCAUGUUGGGAUGCUCUGUUAUUAUUGUCGGUGCCAUCAUUCAAGGUUGUGCUCGCAACUUCGGAAUGUUUACUGGUGGGAGAAUUUUGUUAGGUGUGGGGUCUUGUCUUGCCUCUGCCUCUGCCUCUCCAUUAUUAGCUGAGACAUCAUACCCACCUCAUAGAGCCACUGUGACUGCAUUAUUGCUUGCAUCAUGGCCCUUUGGCUCAUUCACUGCCGCAUUGGUUACCUGGGGACCCUACCAUUCAUCCAUGAGAAAAGAUAAUUGGUCUUGGAGACUUCCGAGUUUGCUUCAAUGCUUCUAUCCAGCUAUUCAGUUGAUCAUUGCUUCCUUUGGACCCGAGUCUCCUAGAUGGUUAAUCAACAAAGGAAGACAUGAGGAGGCUAGAAAGUUCUUUGUUAAAUAUCAUGCUGGUGGAGACGAGAACUCUGCACUUGUUGCGUUCGAAAUGGCUGAGAUCAAAGCAGUGAUUGAACAAGAAAAGAUACAGCUGCUGGGAAAAUUUUCCGAAUGGUUUGGAACCAAACAACGACUUAGAAGGUUGUUUAUUGUAUGUGCUGUGCCCAUGAUGGCCCAACUCUGUGGAAAUGCCCUUAUCUCUUACUACUUGGCUAUUGUGUUGAAGAACAUAGGCAUCACCAACCCUAACAGUCAGCUCAAGCUUAAUCUCGGAAUGACAGUUUACGGACUUGUUUGGUCAGUGGGUGUCGGCUUACAGGUCAACAGAUUCCCAAGGAGAUACAUGUUCAUUAUGGGCUACAUCUGUAUGUGCGUCACGUAUGUCGUUUGGACUGCGCUUUCUGCCGUCAACCAGCAGAGGGGCUUCAAGGACAAAGGUUUGGGCAGAGGUGUGGUUGCCAUGAUCUACCUUUUCUCUGGAUUUUACCACAUUGUUUCGCCUGUAUCGUCAACAUACGUCAUGGAGGUUUGUCCAUACCAAUUACGAGCUCAAGGAGCUACUCUCUACCAACUCUGCGGAAAUGUCAUUGGAUUCUUCAACAAUUACGUCAACCCCAUUGCUAUGGAAAAGAUCAAGUGGAAGUACUACAUUGUUUGGUGUAUCUGGUUGGUUGUUCAGAUGGGCAUUGUGUAUUUCAUCUUCCCUGAGACCAGAGGUUUGGGCUUGGAGGAGGUUGCUCAAGUUUUUGGCGAGGAUGUUACUAGGGGUUACGUAGCAGGAGAGACUGCUAUAGCUGCUGAACUGGAAAAUAAGCCACAGGUAUCUCAUGUUGAUAGUUUAGAUCUGAAGAGCACUUAA